AUGUCAGAUAACUCAUUUCAUGAUCCUUUUUACUUAAAAGAACGAAUUAGUACUGAAGAAAAAUUGAAAUCAGAAUUAAUUCAAAAUGUUAACAAAAAAGAAGAGUUUCAUUUACCUGAAGAAGUGGAGAUUAAAGAAGAAAAAUUUGAAUUCAAACAAGAAUACCCUACGGAAUUAGCUGAUUUAGUUAUAAAAAAUGAAAUGCUAGACUUAGAAGAGGUUGCUGUGGAUAAUGAACAAAAAUAUACAAAUGAAUUGGAACACUUGGAGCUGGUUUAUGGAAAAGAUGAAAUUCAAGAACAAUUACACACUACAGAAUUAGCCGAUUCCGCCGAUUUAAAUAUAAAAGAUGAAAUUCUAGAAGACGUUACUGUGCAAGAUGAACAAACAUAUACAAGUGAAUUGGCACACUUGGAACUUUUUUAUGGAAAUGGUGAAAUUCAAGAACAAUUACAUACAGAACUUAUAAUCAAGGAGGAAAUAUUAGAAGAAAAUGAUUCAAAUCAUCAGAUAAUCGGUACCGAAGACAAGUUUUCUUGUGAUGCUUGUGACAAAAUAUUUACCACUCAUAAAAGUUUAAUUUAUCACAAAAAAGUACAUACUGGAGAAAGACCUUUUGCAUGCGAUCUUUGUGAUAAAAAUUACUGCCGACAAUGUGAUUUAGAUUAUCAUAAAAAAAUAAAGCACAAUAAUGGACAAGAAACAACGAUUUGUAGUUUUUGUGAUAAAAUAUUUACUGAUCAUAAAAGUUUAAUUGAUCAUAAAUACAAAUUCCAUCUUGGAAAAAACAGACGCUUUCCAUGUAACCUUUGUGACAAAUCAUUUGCAAGACGAAACGGUUUAGUUUAUCAUAAACGAACGCAUACGGGAGAAAAACCUUUUGCUUGUGAUGUUUGUAAUAAAACAUUUACUUCAACUAGCACUUUAAAUAUUCAUAAACGACUUCACACUGGCGAAAAACCUUUCUCAUGUGAUAAUUGUGACAAAACAUUUACCGCUUAUAGUAGUUUAAUUUAUCAUAAACAAGUGCAUACGGGAGAAAAACCAUUUCCAUGCGAUGUUUGUGGUAAAACUUUUGCCGGGCAUCAUGGUUUAGUGUAUCAUAAACGAACGCAUACGGGAGAAAAACCUUUCUCUUGUGAUGUUUGUGAUAAGGCAUUCAGUUCGAACAGUACUUUAACUAUUCACAAACGAACACACACUGAAGAAAAACUUUUUCCAUCUAAUGAUAAUUCAUUUACGUGUAAUACUUCAAUUGAUCAUAUUAAAGAAGAGCUUCAUCCAUUUAAUUCAUCUUCUAAUGAAUUAUUUUCUAAACUAAACGAUUUACUUAAUGAAAAACGAUCGCACACUGACGAAAAACGUUUUCCAUAUAAUGAUAAUUCAUUUACGUGUAAUACUUCGAUUGAUCAUAUUAAAGAAGGGCUUCUUCCAUUUAAUUCAUCUUCUAAUGAAUUAUUUUCUAAAUUAAACGAUUUACUUAAUAAAAAACGAUCACAUACUGACGAAAAACCUUUUUCGUGUGAUCUUUGUGAUAAAAAAUUUGCCAGACGAAAUGGUUUAGUUUAUCAUAAGCGAACGCACACAGGAGAAAAACCAUAUUCUUGUGAUUUUUGUAAUAAAACAUUUAGUUCAACUAGCAUUUUAAAUAUUCACAAACGAAUUCACACUGGUGAAAAACCAUUUUCAUGUGAUGAUUGUGGAAAAACAUUUACCGCUUAUAGUAGUUUUAUUUAUCAUAAACAAGUACAUACUGGAGAAAGACCUUUUACUUGUGAUGUUUGUGGAAAAGCGUUUUUCAAUCAAAGCAAUUUGGAUUAUCAUAAACGAACUCAUUUUAAUAAUAACGAAAAGAUUUUCCGGUGUGAAGUUUGUGAAAAGACAUUUACAACAGAAAGUCUUUUAGUUCGUCAUAAACGUGUUCAUACCGAAGAAAAACCAUUUUUAUGCGACUUUUGUGGUAAAUUUUUUAAAUACAAAGAUAAUUUAGCUUCACAUAAACGAAAACAUUCUGGAUUAAAACCGUUCUUAUGUGAUUUUUGUGGUAAAUCAUUCGGUCAAAAAGUCCGUUUAAUUCAACAUAAAUUGAUUCAUAAUGGUGAAAAACCCUAUUCAUGUGAUAUUUGUGGAAAAUCAUUUACGUAUCGUAAUACUUUAAUUGUACACAAACGAAUCCAUACCGGAGAAAAACCAUUUGCCUGUGAUGUUUGUGAUAAGACAUUUUCGGUUCAUAAUAGUUUAAUUGUACAUAAACGAACACAUUCGGGAGAGAAACCAUUUAAAUGUGAUAGAUGUGAUAAAACAUUCGCUCAGCCGAACGGUUUAGUUCAACAUCAAAGAAUUCAUACAGGAGAAAAACCGUUUUCAUGUAAUGUUUGUGAAAAGACAUUUAGUUUUAGUAGUGCUUUAAUUAUACAUAAACGAAUUCAUACGGGGGAAAAACUUUUUACAUGUGAUAUUUGUGAAAAAACUUUUACUCAUCAUAGUAGUUUGUAUAAUCAUAAACGAAGUAUUCACGACGAAGCAAAACCAUUCUCUUGUGAUGUUUGUAAUAAAACAUUUAGUCAUCAAGGUAAUUUAAAUAAACAUAAACGAAUUCAUACGAAACAGAAAACAUAGAAAAUAAACUCGUUGUAAUAUUUUAA